CACCAGAGACAUUUAUUUCCACAGCAUGUUCCUUAGCAACCGCCCAGUGUGUGAUGUAAGAAGCUCGUUUUGCCCGUUCCUCAGUGGUGGCUUUCAGAACUGUUUCUGAUUUCCUCCAGCCCUUCAGUGGAUUUCUCCAUGACCUGCUCAGCUGCAGGCGACUUUCUGGGCAUUGGGCAUACAGCUGUUCACAAAACAGCGACCUGUGCCGACACAUUUCUGGUCAUAUCCUAUCAGUUCUUUCAACUGCUGACUGGAUGAGGUAUGCCAGGCCAAAGGGCACACCUCUGGGAUUUGCCCUUCCAAAGGCCUGUGCCUGUCAGGGUGGGCCUGUGUUCUGGAUGGGCCCGGCAGCGGGCACCGGGCAUGACCUGCAGGGACAGAGCAGGUUCCAGAUGAAGCAGGGAGAGCGAACCUGGGUCCUGGCCCUGUGUGCCUGGUCUUAUGACCAUUGUGGCCAGGGCUUCACCAAGCAGCUGUUUUCCCAGCUCCCGGACGGGGCUGCUGGAGCUGGGCACGGAACAGAAUAUUUGAAAUGGGGCCACUCUAGGCAGUUCCAAGCUGCUGAGGUACCUUUUGGACCCAGCUCGAGGCAGCCGUUGCCUGCAAGGAUCUGGGUGGUGGGGAGCCCAGGCUUCCACCCAAGGCCACCAAGGGCGGUCCCAGCCUGGCCCUGCCCCUACCCUGUGCCUCCACCCCUGCCCUUCCUAUGCUCCAAGGCAGGUAGGGAGGCGGGAGGCCAGGUAGCUCAGGAACCCAAACCUGUUGGGCAGGUUUUGAGAGCUGUGGAGAGAGGGACAGAGGCUGGAGAAGGAUGCACGGCCUGCCCUGGGCUUGCCUGUUCCCUCCUGAGCCUGAGCCUGAGCCUGAGCCCCUUACCUUCCUGACCCCAUGAGGCACGCACUGGCUCUGCUGGCUCCCCUGCUGGGCCUGGGCCUGGGGCUGUCCCUGAGUCAGCUGGCAGCGGGGGCCACAGACUGCAAGUCCCUUGGCCCGGCAGAGCCCCUGACAUUCACCCCAGCAGCCAGGGCCCGGUGGCUGGCCCCUCGAGUUCGUGCGCCGGGACUCCUGGACUCGCUCUACGGCACCGUGCACCGCUUCCUCUCCGUGGUGCAGCUCAAUCCUUUCCCUUCAGUGGGGAGAGGACGGACACGGGGCAGGGCGGUGGCUGCCCUCAUAUCCUCAGCUUGGCUCUUUCCGGUAGAGUUGGUAAAGGCCCUGCUGAAUGAGCUGGCCUCCGUGAAGGUGAAUGAGGUGGUGCGGUACGAGGCGGGCUACGUGGUGUGCGCCGUGGUCGCGGGCCUCUACUUGCUGCUGGUGCCCGCUGCCGGGCUUUGCUUCUGCUGCUGCCGCUGCCGCCAGCGCUGCGGGGGGCGAGUGAAGACAGAGCACAAGGCGCUGGCCUGUGAGUGUGCGGCCCUCACGGUCUUCCUGCUGCUGACCACCCUCUUGCUGCUGAUUGGCGUGAUCUGUGCCUUAGUCACCAACCAGCGCACGCAUGAACAGAUGGGCCCCAGCGUGGAGGCCGUGCCUGAGACCCUGCUCAGCCUCCGGGGCCUGGUCUCUGAUGUCCCCCAAGAGCUGCAGGCCGUGGCACAGCAGUUCUCCCUGCCCCAGGAGCGCGUCUUGGAGGAGCUGGAUGGUGUCGGUGUGAGCAUUGGGAGCGCGGUCCACACCCAGCUCAGGAGCGCCGUGUACCCCUUGCUGGCGGCCGUGGGCAGUUUAGGCCAGGCCCUGCAGGUCUCCAUGCAACACCUGCAAGCCCUGAAUGCUACAGUGGUGGAGCUGCAGGCCGGGCAGCAGGACCUGGAGCCAGCCCUCCAGGAACAACGGGACCGCCUCCUCCAGCUGCUGCAGGAGGCCGGGUGCCAGGGAGAUUGUGCAGGGGCCCUGAGCCGGGCCCGCACCCUGGAGCUGGGUGCUGACUUCAGCCAGGUGCCUUCUGUGGACCAUGUCCUGCACCGGCUGAAGGGUGUCCCCGAGGCCAAGUUCUCCAGCAUGGUCCAGGAGGAGAACAGCACCUUCAACGCCCUUCCAACCCUGGCUGCCAUGCAGAUGUCCAGCGUGGUGCAAGAGCUGAAGAAGGCAGUGGCCCAGCAGCCGGAAGGGUUGAGGACACUGGCUGAAGGGUUCCCAGGCUCGGAGGCAGCUUCCCGCUGGGCCCAGGCACUGCAGGAGGUGGAGGAGAGCAGCCGCCCCUACCUGCAGGAGGUGCAGAGAUACGAGACCUACAGGUGGAUCGUGGGCUGCGUGCUGUGCUCUGUGGUCCUGCUUGUGGCGCUCUGCAACCUGCUGGGCCUCAAUCUGGGCAUCUGGGGCCUAUCUGCCAGGGAGGACCCCAGCCACCCAGAAGCCAAGGGCGAAGCUGGAGCCCGCUUCCUCAUGGCAGGUGUGGGCCUCAGCUUCCUCUUUGCUGCCCCCCUCAUCCUCCUGGUGUUUGCCACCUUCCUGGUGGGCGGCAACGUGCAGACGCUGGUGUGCCGGAGCUGGGAGAGUGGCGAGCUCUUUGAGUUUGCAGACACCCCAGGGAACCUGCCCCCGUCCAUGAACCUGUCGCACCUUCUUGGCCUGAGGAAGAAUAUCAGCAUCCGCCAAGCUUAUCGGCAGUGCAAGAAAGGGGCAGCGCUCUGGACAGUCCUGCAGCUCAAUGACUCCUAUGACCUGGAGGAGCAUCUGGAUAUCAGCCAGUACACCAACAAGCUGUGGCAGGAGUUGCAGAGCCUGAAAGUAGACACACAGAGCCUGGAGCUGCUGAGCUCAGCCGCCCGCCGGGACCUGGAGGCCCUGCAGAGCAGCGGGCUCCAGCGCGUCCACUACCCCGACUUCCUCGUUCAGAUCCAGAGGCCUGUGGUGAAGACUAGCAUGGAGCAGCUGGCCCAGGAGCUGGAAGGACUGGCCCAGGCCCAAGGCAGUUCUGUGCUGGGGCAGCGGCUGCAGAAGGAGGCCCACGGACUCAGAAACCUUCACCAGGAGAAGGUCGUUCCCCAGCAGAGCCUUGUGGCAAAGCUCAACCUCAGCGUCAGGGCCCUGGAGUCCUCUGCCCCGAAUCUGCAGCUGGAGACCUCAGAUGUCCUAACCAAUGUCACUUACCUGAAAGGAGAGCUGCCUGCCUGGGCCACCAGGAUCCUGAGGAAUGUGAGUGAGUGUUUCCUGGCGCGGGAGAUGGGCUACUUCUCCCAGUACGUGGCCUGGGUAAGAGAGGAGGUGACUCAGCGCAUCGCCACCUGCCAGCCCCUCUCCGGAGCCCUGGACAACAGCCAUGUGAUCCUGUGUGAUAUGAUGGCUGACCCCUGGAAUGCCUUCUGGUUCUGCCUGGCAUGGUGCACCUUCUUCCUGAUUCCCAGCAUCGUCUUUGCUGUCAAGACCUCCAAAUACUUCCGUCCUAUCCGGAAACGCCUCAGCUCCACCAGCUCUGAGGAGACUCAGCUCUUCCACAUCCCCAGGGUUACUUCCCUGAAGCUGUAGGGCCUGUGGGGUGAGGUGACCCCAGGCUGCCUGUCCUCCCCUUUGAUUCAGCCUGAGCCACAGGACUUCGGUAGCUCUUGCCCCAGAGCCCAGGCUGGCAUCCAGGCUUGGACCGUCCCUCAUUCCGGCUUACCUGGCCCGACCUUGCCUGCUCCUUUCCACCUCUUUCUGCUCUCGACCCCCAUCGUUCACUCUCAGAAUCACCUGGGACUUCUGUGCAGAUGCUGAGCCAGCAGGUCCCUCCAGGUGUCACCCCUCAGCCCACUGCUGGUGGCAUCCUCAUGGGAACAGCCUGCUCUCCACCUGCUGGAGCCUGGACCCUGGGGUGGGACAGAGGCCUCGUCCAGCCCCACUCCCCUUCCCGUGUGUCCUCCCCGUGCCAAGCCUCCCUCUGCCCCUCUCUGAGCUCCUCGCCCCCCACCCCAUCCUCAUCUGGCCUCCCUGCUGGCUCCCACUUGCCUCUUAUGCCCUUCCUGGCCCUUUGCUUCCUCCCUUUGUCCCCUCUUCACCCUAUCCCCACUGCUACCUUGCUGGCCCAGGGGACCACCCUGCCCAACCAAACCGCUCAGGUAACGCCACUAGUCAGGCAGGGGCACCGUGGCCUAGGUUUGGGCUGGCUGCAGGCCCUGCCUCAUGGCCCCUGAGCCCUCCACUGCCCCAGAGCCCUGGGCCCUCCGCAGAUCCCAUCCUGGAUUUAUUGGUGCCCAGCGGGGUGAGGGAGGCCUGUCUGAAGGCCGAGCCUCCCUGCCUGCACCCAGGUUAGAAAUGGGGGUACUAGCACUUAGCUCCUCUCUGAGUGCUGGCUCCCAAGGAAGGGACCUGGGACCUGGGUGACAGUGGGGACUCGCCCUUAUCUCUUCAGAAGGAAGCAUCUUCCACAGCCCCCACCCAGCUUUCUUAGGAGUGGUCUGGUGGCCAGAACAGGAUUUUGCCCUGCCCCUUCUAUCCUGCGUGUGUGGCCUAGGGUCAUCCCCAGCCCAUCCCUGUGUCAGCCCUGAGUGCCGGAUGCUGUGUUCCACAAAGGAGGAAGAGGAGAGAGAGAAGAGAUGGACAGACCUCAGAUCCAUUAAAGCGUUCUCACUUGCCUGAGACUUGGUUCUGGGUCCUUAAAACCAGGUUUCCUAGGCUGGGGCCCUGUACACAGUUGGAGUUUAAAUGAGUGUUUAUAGAGAGGAGAGUUCUAAGGUCUCCUCUGGCUGCAGGCAUCCAGGGGUUAUUCUAGCAAUAUGCAGCUAGGGCGUGGGUCCCAGCCUGGGAGCCUGCUGUCAGGAGCAGGCGGACCUAGACUCACAGCCUGGCUGUGAUACUGGUUCGCUCAGCCUCUCCGUUUGUAAGAUGGGGAGAAGAGUCACAACCUCCACAAAGCGUUGUGCAAAUCAAACGUGAUCAUUCACGGAAAGCCCUUAGCAGUGGCCUGGCACAAAACAAAUGCUCAGUAGAUGGAAGUUGCCUGUUAUUAUUACUAUUGUUUGCCAUGACUGCUCUGGGCCAGGGGUAGAGCUAGUGUCUGGGCGUGUACAAGGGAAGAGGGAGACAGGCCUCUGUUCAAAGGCAGAAAGUCCUUUCAGAUUGUGGUUGGCUGGGUUUCAGGGAGUGUUUGUGUUGUUUGUUUUUGUUUGUUUGUUUGUUUGUUUCAAGACAGGGUCUCGCUGUGUCACCCAGGCUGGCGUGGAGGGGUGCAAUCUCGGCUCACUGCAACCUCCACCUCCUGGGCUUAAGCGAUUCUCAUGCCUCAGCCUCCCAAAUAGCUGGGACUACAGGUGCGUGCCACUAUGCCUGGCUAAUUUUUGUAUUUUUUGUAGAGAUGGGGUUUUGCCAUGUUGCCCAGGCUGGAAGUGUCUAUGAUUAACUGCAUCUUAUAAACCAGCUACAAGUUUUCUACUAGAAAUUAGAAUGGUGCAUACACAAUGUAUUGUUAUCGCUGUCAGAAGAGCAUCCUUGAAUGUAGUGUGACUGCCUCUUUUUUGCCUUUCCUAGAGGGUUUUUUUUUUUUUUUCCUUGUUACUGAUCUGUUGACCUACCUGGAAGAAGUAGCACCCUUGCAUUUAAAAAAUAAAAUUGAUGGGAUU